AUGUCUUCUUUUCUUUCCGUCUUUUCUAUAGUCUUUUUCUUUCAUUCUUUCUUUCUUUCUUUCUUUCUUAUUCAAAUCGGUUUUUCUCCUCCCACUGCCCUUAAUUCCCACUUGUUUAUUUUGAUUUUCAUCAUGUCUCUUUUUUUUCCUUCUUUUCUAUGCUCUUUUUUCUUUCUUUCUUUCUUUCUUUCUUUCUUUCUUUCUUUCUUUCUUUCUUUCUUUCUUUCUUUCUUAUUCAAAAUGGAUUUUUCUUCUCUCACUGCCCUUAAUUCCCAUUUUCUUUCUUUUUCUUUCUUUCUUUCUUUCUUUUUCUUUCUUUUUCUUUCUUUCUUUAAUAUCAUUUUAUUCUCUUUCUUUCCUUCCCCUUUCAAAUCUUUCGCAUUUUUCUUGACAGAUCAUAAUAUAUUUUUCUUAGCCUUCUCCCUUUUCUUUCAAAUCCCAAUACGCUUUUACUUUCUUUUUCCUUCUCUAGAUUUAUCUUCACUUUUCCCUACCUCCAAUUUUUCCAUUUUUUUAACAUAUCGCCAUCUUUACAUUUUUUUACUCUUUCUUUUCUCUUUAUUUCCCCCCACCUCUUCUUAUACGUUUCUUUUUUUCUCUUUCGCUUUCGUUUUUCUCUCUCAUUCCCAUUUUCCUUUUUACUUUGCUCCUCAUUCUUUUUUAUCAUUGUUUUUAUCCUUCUCGAUUCCCUUUCUACCGCCCGCAGUAUUUUCUUUCUUUCUUUCUUUUUUUAUUAAAUAUUCUUCCUUGCCUCUUUUUCUCAUAUUUCUCGUUUUGGCGCCUUCUCACUCACGAUCUUUUUUGCCUUCCUCUUUUCUUUUCGUUCAUGGUUUGCUUCCUUUCUCACUCCUUUCCUUUGUGUAUUUCGUUCAUUCUUUAAUCGAUUCUCCCUUCUUCUUGAUUUCAUCUUCUUUUAUUUCUUUUAUUCUUUUCAUCUUCUUUUUUUUUCUUUAUUUCUUUUCUCCUCUUCUCCUAACCUUCUAUUCUUUCUUUCUUUGUCACCUACCUUUGCAUCGUGAGGGCCCGUUUGAAGAUACAACUACAAAGAAACACCUGUGCACACCCGACAUUUCUGUGCACCCACACCUGAACUCCUGGUAUACCCCGUACCUUUGA